CCUGGAGCAGCUGCUGUUUACCAGGAGACAGGAAGUGGUUUUUCCUUCCAUCAUAAGAAAAUCUUUAUUCAUCAGAAGAAACCAUGGAGGUUCCGUCUCUGCUGCGGCUGCUCAUGAUGACCUCAUCAAUGACCUCAUCAAUGACCUCAUCACUGACCUCAUCACUGAGCCACAGAACCAACAAAGUUCCUCUGACUGUGAUUCCCAGCAGAUCUCAGUUCUUUGAAGGAGAAUCAGUGACUCUGAUCUGUGAGGAUGAAAACAGAUCUGAUGGAUGGACUGUGAGGAGAAACACAACCAGAGAGACCAGGACUGAGUGUGAGGACUGGGGGGAACCAGCUGGUUCUUCCUGUGAGGUCAGUCACAUCACACCAUUUGAUACUGGUCUGUACUGGUGUGAGUCCAUGUCUGGAUCCUCCAGCAGCAGCAGCAGCAUCCAGCUCUCUGUCUCUGGUGGAUCAGUGAUCCUGCAGAGUCCUGUCCUCCCUGUGAUGGAGGGAGAUGACGUCACUCUGAGCUGCAGAGCAAAGAAUCCAACCCACAACCUCCCAGCUGCUUUCUAUAAAGAUGGCUCCUUCAUUGGUGAUGGAUCAUCAGGUCACAUGACCCUCCUCCAUGUUUCCAGCUCUGAUGAAGGCCUCUAUAAAUGUAAUGUCAAAGGUCAUGGAGAGUCUCCAUCCAGCAGGAUCUCUGUCAAAGUUUCAGGUUCAGCGCCCCCUGCUGGCCGACUUCCUCUGCUCCUCCUGUCUGUUCUGGUUCCAGCCGGUUCUGUUCUGGUGUUACUGGUUGUACUGGGGAGACGAUGCAUUCAGGGGAAGCUCCAAGCUGCAGAGAAAGAUUUCAUCACCUACAGCGAGGUCCGGAUCGGCACGGAGCCACUGGACCGUCUCAGAACAGGUUCUGGUCCAGACACCGUCUACACCGAGGUGAGGACGACCAGUUCUGGUCGGGUCGGACCCAGAGGAACCAUCAGCUGCUGAUCUGCACCGAAUUGAACCUGGAGACAAUCUUGAAGCUGUUUGACUCAUCUGUGACAGGAAGUGUCAAUGGG